ACAGCUGUGUCUUCGCUGUGUGCUUCCAAAGUGCCUCUUCCUUCCCAUUAGCUCAGUGUCGGGUGUUUCUCAGCGAGAAAAGCUUUUGAUAAAAAAGGAGAUUCCUACUUGUAACAAACGCUCUCUGGAGAAUAGGAAUGGGCGGGGGAGGACGCGCAGGGGGAUGAAAGUAAAAAUUUUAGAGGGAUGCACACGCAUCACUCAGAACAAACGCCUUUUACAGUCGACCUGGUUUUAAAAAACAGACUUAAAGCGUGACAAACCUGCUGCCAUGCGUGACCACCCAGAGGUGCCGAACUUUCUGUUAAACAGCUUGGACACCUGGCUCCUUUUUGCGAAACUAUCUUUAGUGAUGACAGUUGAAGGCCAAACACCCGUCUGCAAGGCGAGGGCAGUGCGCGUGCACGGGGUUUUCAGGACCUGGGAGCGAGGCUGGGUGUGGGGGCUGGAGAGCGUUUUGCACAGAACCACCCUCCGUCCCUGAAGCGGAGGGGCGAGCGAGCGGGUCCCUGAGCCCUACGCCCCCCUCUCGGUCCGGGGACUCCGGCGUCCAGCAGGGAGAGGCGAGCCCUGGAGGCCCUGGAGGCCCCGGCGGCCGGCGGCCGCGCCUCCCGCAGUCCGCUUCCCGGGACAGAGCUCCUUGUGAUCUGCCGUCGCUGCAGCCCGCUUAACACAGGCGGGUGGAGUCAGAGGCUGCACGUCAUGUCCAGUUUCGAAGAUGCUGACACAGAAGAGACGGUCACCUGUCUGCAGGUCACUGUGUACCACCCUGGCCAGCGGCACGGCGGAAUGUUCCAGUUGAUACGGUUUCACCACCGAGAGAGGCUGCCGUCCAGUGAAGUGGUGAAGUUUGGCCGCAACCCCAACACAUGUCGGUACACUUUUCAGGACAAACAGGUUUCCCGAGUCCAGUUUUCUGUGCAGCUGUUUAAGAAGUUUGACAGCUCAGUUCUCUCCUUUGAAAUAAAAAAUAUGAGUAAGAAGACUAGUCUGCUUGUGGACAGCAAGGAGCUGGGCUACCUGAACAAGGUGGACCUGCCGCCCAAAUGCAUGGUCAGGUUCGGCGACUACCAGCUUCUGAUGGAGAAGGAAGACGGAGAGUCGCUGGACGUCUUUGAGACUCAGUUUGUCUUGUCCCCAAGGUCACUCCUGCAAGAAAACCACUGGCCGCCAGGGAGGCCCGUGCCUGAGGAAGGCCGUUUCCUGUCCUCCUGCCCCCCAAGUGCGUCUCCUACAGAAAUGGACGAAAGUGAAUCGUGAACAGGGGGCUCAGGGCAGUCGUGGGUGAGGACUGCGGACGCUUCCUCCGACUCCACUAUCCAGGUUUAUUAGCACAGAACGUCGUCACCACAGGCAGUGCUUCCGCAUGGUGAGAUCUCAUAUGCCACAUGACUAUAUAUCCAUAUUCUAGAAGAUUCUGUCUUUACUACCUAAUGCAGUGACUGACUUGAAACAGCAUCACUUUUAUGCUCUAACACAAGUGUUAAUAUUGGUUUCAAUAUGCCUUUAGAAAAAUUAGCUAUAGUCUUACUCUCAGUAGAUAACUACUAUUACUGGUGUGUGUGAGUGUGUGUGUGAAUCUCAAGUCUUGUUUUUACUUUUCAGUUAUCUAACAUUUAAUUCCUUACAGUAGUUAUUAUCUGUUAAAAUAACAGGUGUGGUGACUAUUUUACAAACUGGACCCUGAUUGAAACAAUCAGCUGCCAUUUCAGGUGAUGACCAAGGAUGAGCACUAUGAAAUGUGUGCCUGGAAUUUACAAGGCUUCCAGUUGGUUGUCCCCAAACACUCAUUCAUCAUGACAAUACUUCUUUGGCCUUGUAUCUCUGAAGCAAUGACUUUGGGGCUGGGGACACUAGAGAAGAGAAUGCUGUGUUGCUGGUGGAAGGUCCCGGAGGGUCCAGUGGGGACCAGUCUGGCACUGCUUGCUACCAUCUUCACAGAAGAGAAAACCCAGUAACAGAGAGCACGGAGUAGCUUUUGUAAUACAGUUAGUGAAAUCCCAGCUCCUAAGCCAAAACCAAGGCAAUAACGUUUUAACCCAGAAAACUUCUGAGGUCCAAUAGCGGGACUUCACCUUAGGUCAGAGUGCCUUUUUAUAACAUCACUUCUGACAUCCUAAAACAAUUUUUCAGUCAUCCAGAGUUAGUUAGACAGACUUUUUCUAACAGCUGAACAAAACAAAACUCAAAAAUACCCCCUAAAGAACACUGAUGUAAUCUCUAGAAAAAGGUAGUGCGCGCAGCAUUGGGGGCGGGCUCUGACUCACACUGUUGGUGGGGCUGAUCCACCGUUUCCUGUGCGAUCUGUCACUAACAGAGAGCUUUAGUUCCCUCUUCUGAAAAAAAAAGGUUGAAAUAGUGUCUCCAUCACAGCGUUCGUAUGGAAAUUGAGACCAAGUAGGGUCCUCAGCAGUGUCACACCGUCCACGACACCACGGACAACACGAGCACCAGUUGGGUCUUAUAAUCAGUGGUCACACCGAAAAGAUUACUGAGCUGCAAAGGACAGUCCUAUGAUGCGAUGUCAGAAACAACUCCCUUAAAUCAUCUGUAACAAAAAAUACUCAUAAUAAUGUAUUUUAAUGUCAUUUUCCUAAUUUGAUUUCAUUUCAGCAUUAAUAUUUCCUAAGGAUUCAAGAAUCAGAUACAGAAAAUCUGUGUUUUCCAGUGAAUUUUUUUGUGACCUCCUUUACUGACAGAUAAUUAACCAAAUGUACCAAAUGAAGAUGGGAAAACACUAUAAAUGUAUUUGAUAUAAAAUCUUUUUCAAGUGUGCUCUUAUGAUUGGAACAGCUUUAGGUACUUAAAAUAAAAUGAAAACUGG